AUGGUGAACAUUACGGAAAAGAUCAAGGAUAAACUCGCCCGUCUCCGAGCACAACUCCUCGAACCAGGUCCAGGAGCAGGCGGCGGCGGCGGCGCAGGCUUCGACGUCAGCAAAUCCGGCGACGCCCGAAUAGCCCUCGUCGGCUUCCCCUCGGUCGGUAAAUCCACCUUCCUGUCCAAGGUCACGCGGACGAAAUCAGAGGUGGCCUCGUACGCCUUCACGACGUUGACAGCCAUCCCGGGCGUUCUCGAGUAUGGCGGCGCCGAGAUCCAGCUGCUCGAUUUGCCGGGUAUUAUCGAGGGUGCCGCCGAGGGCAAAGGUAGAGGACGGCAGGUCAUCUCGGCGGCCAAGACGAGCGACAUGAUCCUCAUGGUGCUGGACGCGACCAAGAAGGCGGAGCAGAGGGCGCUACUGGAGGCUGAACUGGAGGCCGUGGGCAUCCGUCUCAACAGAGAGCCACCAAACAUCUACCUCAAAGCCAAAAAAGCAGGCGGCAUGAAAAUCACCUUCCAGUCCCCGCCCAAAAACAUGGACGAGAAAAUGGUCUUCAACAUCCUCCGCGACUACAAGAUCCUAAACUGCGAGGUCCUCGUCCGCGACGAGUACGCCACCGUCGACGACCUCAUCGACGUCAUCAUGAAGGACCACCGAAAGUACAUCAAAUGCCUCUACGUCUACAACAAGAUCGACUCCGUCUCCCUCGACUUCCUCGACAAGCUCGCCCGCGAGCCCCACACUGUCGUCAUGUCGUGCGAGCUCGACCUCGGCAUCCAGGACGUUGUCGACCGCUGCUGGGAGGAGCUCAAGCUCAUCCGCAUCUAUACCAAGCGCCAGGGCGCUGAUCCGGAUUUCAGCGAGGCGCUCAUCGUGCGGAGCAACAGUACCAUUGAGGACGUGUGCGACCGCAUUCACAGGACGCUCAAGGAUACCUUCAAGUACGCGCUCGUCUGGGGCGCCAGCGCCAGGCAUAUCCCGCAGAGAGUGGGACUCGGACAUGCGGUGGCGGAUGAGGAUGUGGUUUGCGUCGUGAGCGCGUGGAAGGCAUGA